AUGGAAGGAGACAAGAGGAGCACAGCACGAAAAGAAACGAGUGGCCGAGUGAUCCAGAUAGCCAGUUCGUUUCAAACUUAUCUUAUAGUCGGUUCAGAUUUUGAAUGUCAAGUCCUCGCUGAAGCUCCGCCCCUAAUGACGCAAUAAACCAAUCAGAGAGCGAGCCAUCCACAGAGUGUUUUUGAAUGACGUCAUUGCUCUUGACAUUAAAAAUCUGAACAGACUAUAACAUCUCUGUGGUUCUUUGAAAAACUCAUCAGUUUCAAAAACACGAAAUAUUUUUAAUGCGAAUGCCUUUUGUCUUUUUUUAAAAGAUGUACUCAGAAAAUAGGGAUGAGCCUUUCAAAAAAGAUAGUUUGGUCCUAGGUGAGGUGAAGUCCUUGUUAUAGUCUGUUCAGGUUUUGAAUGUCAAGCAGCUAACUCCACCCCCAUGGCUACAAUAUCUUUCGCGUCAAUGUUUUAUCUACAGAUCACGAUGGCCCUUUAAUAAGGCUGCAUUUUUGACUUCUUUUUCUAUCUUUUAGAUCAAAAAAGAUCAAAAUUAGUCCCGCGCAUUAAAACAUCGACGCGAAAGGGUUUUUUUCAGUAUUUUGCUGGAAAACUUUUGAAGAACUCCCUUCUAGUUACUAAAUCUAAGAGCUCUUAAAGGCCAUUCCGCGCUAGCUUGUCACGUUUUUCUUUCCGCCAAUAGGCCAGGUCAAAUUUAACCAACUUCGCUUCAAGACCUUCGUUUCUUGCCGUUAUAAGAGCAGAAAUUUGAUCUAAUUUGGUAUACGGUCUUUUUGGCGGAAAGAAAAACGUGACAAGCUGGCGCGGAAUAGGCUAUACCCAAUUCUACAAGCCACCUCACAUGGGAGGUCAUUUUAGCGUAGGGUUCAGAAAUUUUUAUAAAUUUGCUCAAACAAUCUUUGAUGGACUGGGAAUCGAUCCCCCAUAGUCGCUACCCGCAAAAAUUUUUUGUUUUGGUGAUAUGAUUUUUCAAAGUUUUUAUCCUUAACCAUGUGACGCCGUUUGGAAGGAAUGUGGCCGCGCCACCAACCACUGCAUGGCAGCUAGGAGCGCGGUGCAGUGGUUAACGUAUUAGCCUGCGGAGCCUAAUAUGAAGGUUCAAAUCCUUUUGCCGCUAACUUUUUGCCAUUAUUUUUAAGAGUUCUGAUGAGAAUAUUAAAAUUUCAUAAGUAAAACUUUUUCCAAAUAAGUUCGAUAGCUUUUUCUUUCUAAAAUCGCUUUUUUUAUGGACAAUAGUUAUGGAAACUUUCUGAAGUUGUGGCGGACUUCACAUCAUCAGAGAAUUUUUCCCAAAAAAACAUUUUGCUCAAAAAGAUUUUUUUAGAUUUGAUCUGAUUAGGAUGGAAAUAGGGUUUGGAAAUUUUUCAAUAAAACUCGGAUGACAGGUAAGUUUUCAUAACUAUUGUCCAUAAGCGAUUUCAGAAAGAAAAAUAGCUAUCGAACUUAUUUGGAGAGGUUUUACUCAUGAAAUUUUUUUAUAUUCUCAUCAGAACUCUUAAAAAAUAAUGGCAAAAAAGUUAGCGGCAAAAAGGAUUUGAACCUUCAUCAUAGGCUCCGCAGGCUGACACGCUUGCCACUGCAGCACGCUCCCAGCUGCCAUGCAGUAGUUGGUGGCGCGGCCCCAUUGCUUCCAAACGGCGUCACAUGGCCAUAUGGUUAAGGAUAAAAUCUUUGAAAAAUCAUAUCUCCAAAACAAAAAGUUUGUGCAGGUAGCGACUAUGGGGGAUCGAUUCCCAAUCCAUCAAAGAUUGUUUGAGCAAAUUUAUAAAAAAUACUGAACCCUACGCUAAAAUGACCUCCCAUGUCAGUUUUCAAUCUGAUAUAGUCUGUUCAGAUUUCGAAUGUCAACUAGCUAACUCCGCCCUGCUGAGACGGUACCUUUUUGCGUCGAUGUUUUAUCGCGCGGGACUAAUUUUGAUCUUUUUUGAUCUAAAAGAUAGCAAAAAAAGUCAAAAAUGCAGCCUUAUUAAAGGGCCAUCGUGAUCUGUAGAUAAAACAUUGACGCGAAAGAUAUUGUAGCCAGGGGGGUGGAGUUAGCUGCUUGACAUUCAAAACCUGAACAGAUUAUAGCUGCUUUUUGAUGCGCACGAACUGUACGAAAAGCGGUUUCCAGUGUAUUUCGAAUAAUUAAAUACUGAUCAGCAGAUCUGAGAUAGAAAGAUAAGAGAAACGAAAAGUUUAAUUAGAAGCACUGAAAAAGAAGUAUUUUUGUGUAGAAAUGGACCGUUCCUAUUUGAAUUUUGCUUUAAAACGUAGAUAUUUUUACAGUAAAAUCGAAGAUGAUGUCCAAAUAGCAGUUCAAAAAUAAAAGACUUCCUUUUCGAUUGAACUCAGAUCUGAUUGAAAUCAUCUAAGUUAAAAUGAAUUACUUAUCCCAUCAGACUAUUUAUAGUCGAAAAGCAACCAGAAAAGUGAUAAACUUACAAAGAAUCGAUUCAAAAACGUUUCGAGACGAAAAGAGCAAUACUAUAUAGGAAAAUUUAUAUUCGAGCCUCGAACUCCUUCAACUCUACAGUUUAUCAGUAUUUUUUAUGAGAAGAAUUUUUUAGAGAACAUCAUCCAUAAGGUGAGUGAUGGAAUGUUUCGGCUUAAAGGCGGAUCGGAAACUCUUCCAACAACCCCGUGUGAACCGACGAGUCCCAACCUAGCCAACGGCAACAUCAAAAAUUCGAAGCAAGAGGGUAUAUUAUGUUUAAUCAAUUGAAAAUCGUAUACUAGUAAGACAAGUUGAGCUAGUAGCACUGAACAAAUUGAGAAAGAUAAGAGAAACGAAAAGUAUAAUUAAAAACACUGAAAAAAGAAGUAAUUUUUGUGUAGAAAUGACCCGUUCCGAUUUGAAUUUUGAUUUAAAACGUGGAUAUUUAAAAUCAAUGAAUUUUACAGUCAAAUCGAAUAUGAUGUCCAAAUAGCAUUUCAAAAAUAAAAGACUUCCUUUUCGAUUAAACUCAGAGUCAUCUAACUUGAAAUGAAUUACUUAUCCCAUCAGACUAUUUAUAGUUAGGACCUAAUUGCUUUUGAGUCAAUUCUGUAUCACUCGAGUUUUUUAGCACCACCUGGGUACGAGAUUGAGGGAAGCGAGGCCGCACAUAGCGGAGUGUUGCCCAAAACAGAAGACAAGGUGCUAUCGGAAAUAAAAUCAACGGAAGGAAAAGGGAGCGGCGGAAUUAGGGAGGGACAACUUAUGACAGCCGAAGAGAGAAAGAAGAUGGUCGCCAUGAGAGACAGUAAGCGUUAUUUUUUUACAUUUCAUUCUCUCUCUCAUCACCGAUGAAACUAAUUCGAGUUAUGAAUUCCAACCUAGAGGCAGAUUUUUAGAAAAAAAUCAACAAAUAAUUCAUUGAUUUAUAUUUUCUUCAUUAGGCGCAGACUUGUUCUGCGCCAUUUGGGUUUAGGCUGAGUUCGAUGAGCGUUAGGGGGAAAUUUUCUCGAAAUCAAAUAUGUUGUAGAACACGGUUUUUUUAGGGUUUUUGAAAAACUUACUUUUUUAAAGCUUUUUGGAGCACUUCAAAACAACAUUAUGAAAAAAAAAUUUUCAAGUGAAAGUUUGGUAUUGCAAAUUUAAGUACGUUCGAAUUUUCGUAAACUGGACCACUUUAACAAAAGUUGCGGUGCACCCCGCGUCGAACCGGCCAUCGGGGUGAACCCCUCGUUGAACUCAGCGUGAUUGGGUGCACCCCGCGUUGAACUUUUCGGUGCACCCCUGGUUACACUGCGGGGUGUACAGUAAAGUUCAACGCGGGGUGCACCGCAUUUUUUGUUAGAGCAGUGCAAUGAGAAAAGAAGAACAGACACGAGAAAUAGGUGGUAUGAAAAAAACACCAGCGAAAAUUCAAACGGCGACUUUUCCGAUUUUUUAAUAUCGCUGGGGAACUUUCCGACGGCCACCUUUCCGACGAAUCUUUUUCCGACUUUUUUUCUCGAUAAACUUUUCGUUUUAAAUCUCCCUAUAUAAUUUAGGCAGUUGGUUAAUGAUUAAAAACACAAAGAAGUAGAAAAACAAUGUUUAUAGAUGUUUUAUAAACCGAAAAACUUAAGGGAGAAAAAGUCGGAAAAGGAAUCCGUCGGAAAAGUGGCCGUCGGAAAGUUCCCUAGCGAUAUGAAAAAAAUCGGAAAAAGUCGCCGUUCGAACUUUCGCUGGUGGUUCAUACCACCGAGAAAUAGCCAAUUAAUAACUUUUAAUUAGUUAAAAAAACUUAAAAAUAGAAGGGACACCCCGCGCGUGCUCACUUUUGGCAACAAACACGCCGUCAGUGCCUGAGUUAUUUGGACGGUUUCAAAAUUGUAUCGUUGUUCGUUUAAAAUUAUGCUACGAAAUAGGCAAAAUGGUAUUCCGGAAGCCCCUAGAAACAAUGGAUCCUACAACGAUUUUACCAAGAUACGAGCUUUUUUAUGGUGACUUUAACUGGUCAACUCCAAAUUUUGAAUGUAAUUAGGCCUGUGUAACUUUUUUGUUUGGUUACUUUCUGAGAGAACAUUUUUUAAAAAUUGUGUUCAUGAAAUAUAUUCUGCCGUUAAUAUGAUAAUGAUUCUACUUUUUUGAAGGAAACCAGGCGCAAAACGGAAAAAAAACUUUUUUUAGAACUGUUGUCUGAAAAUUUCUGAAAAGUUUCUCGCUCGAUCUCGUCUCAAUUUUUCGAGACGGGUCUUAGAAAAUGUCUCGUCUCGAAAGAUCGAGACAACACGCCAUCUCGUCUCGCUCUCGUCCCGAAAUUUUUUGAGAAAAUUUGCUCGUCUCGAUCUCGUCUCGAACUCAAAAAGUCCCAUCUCGCACAACCCUGGUUCGCAGUUAAAAACACGUUUGAAAUUGUUCAAACUAUAUUAAAAAAACUGCAGAUCUUAAUGAAGAGAGAAUUUCUUCGGUAAAUCCUCAUUCAUCGAUUUAUUUUGAGAAUAAGGUCCAGUUCCAGUCAUAAUUUAAUAAAGCUUGAAAAAUCAGUAGUUAUUUGGAAUAUUUUCAAAAAAACAUGUGAGCUUGUAGGAAAUGAGCAAACAGUGUGAUAAAAUUUGAAGUCGCUUUUAUUAUAUUUUGUCCAAAAACCAGAGUAAAAAUGUUUUUUUCAAAGUUUCGCAUAAGAACUUUUUUUAUCCGCUCCUCCUCUACAGAUAAAGACACCAAAUUUUUCAGAAAAAUAGAAGAACUAAAAACAUUGUUUUUAAUAGAUUUCUCAAUUUUUUUCUUUUUGGGAUUCUCUAUUCGAUUUACAGCUGACGAUUUGCACCACAUAAUCGUUCCGUUGAGAGAAGAGAGAAAUUUCCAGAUAGACGACGAGACUUUCUUAGAAAAAUCUCUAUUUUUCAUGGGUAAAACAUUUUUGAUUGUACCACAUCGAAAUCGACUGUGUUCAGCUACUUACCGCAAACGGAAACCAGAGCUUUCAUUCGAAGGGCAGGCGAUUUUUUUGGUCAGAAAGUGGGAAGGUGAAGCAAAAUGGAAGUUUAGACUACUUAAUAAGGUUAUUCAGACGAAGGAAAAUGAUUUCACAGUUUUGUCAGUCGGCGUGCUAUUGAAAUAUACGAGAGAUGAGCGUGAUGGUAAUUUUUUAAAAAUCUUUUCCAUAGUUGUAAAAUUUUUCCAAGUCAAAUUCAUAGCGGUUGAAAAAGAUUUUUUUCGCUUCUUAGUUUUUAAACUUUGUAUACCAAAAAGUUCUUCAAUGAGGUUUUUCUGUUUUUUUCAUUUAGCUUUUUGACAGUUCCAAUCUUAUCUCGCAAGCCUUUCACUUCCGAAUUCAGACCUCGACGAUACCUAUGAGAGCCGUGAACCCGUGAGGAUCCAGGAUUACAUAGUUAGCCGCAGCAAGGUUGGCGUGUCCAUCGACGGCCAAAUAGCGUUCGACAAUUUGGAAAAAAACUGAUAAGCUACUACUUACUGCACCCAAACAAGGUAAAAAGCUAUUGAUAGAGAAAAAUGAGUAAGAUUUCGGAAAGUUUCGAGAAAUGAAAAAAACGAGUAGUUUAAUUAACUCAUAUUGAAAUUGAAAAGUUCUAAUUAUUUAUGUCGUUUUUUUAGGAGUCACUAAAAAAAUAAAUUUACGACGCCCGUGUCUGAAGCGCUACUUCGAGUUUAGAAGCAACCAAAUCGAAAAAAAGAAGACGGUGAGUUAUAAAAAAAGCGUAAAAAGUCUCAUAAGAAACGAAAAUGAAUGAUCCGUGAACAGUUUCAGCAACAAUAAUGAUGAGAGUUUCUCAAUCUUUAAAUUGUUGACUUUUUUUCAAUGAUCUGGAUAACUACGUGUUUAUCGGAAAAACGGAACAUGUUUCAGAAUGCGAAAGCAUGUCUCUCGGCACACCAAAGUUGCUCCAAGACAUUUUUCGUUUUGGAGAAACUCCCACUUUCUCCGAAGAACACGCCAUAAAAUUCAGAUCAACAACACAUCGAAUAACUGAUUAAACAACCUGAUAUAAACCCUCACUACAUUAUGAACUGAGCCCAUGUUUUCAUCAAGAAAAUUAAAUAAAUCACUUAAGUGACUGAAAAGAGAGGGAACAGUCAAUUCUAAUUUCGAAAUUGGCUGAGAAAAAGUAUCUCGAACUAAAAAAGUCCGUUUUUGCUGUAGUCUUCGAAAAAACUAUCUGCCAUAAUGAAAUCUCUUUUUCAGCUCGGAUCAGGCGCCUUUGGAGAAGUCUUCCUCGGAAAAAAAUAAAUGCAAUAGGAAUAGCCGAACUGAAAGUCGCAGUGAAAGCGGUGAAUACAAUUCAAGGAGUGUUCUUAGAAAAAAAACUUCUCUUCUUGCAGUUGUUGAAGGACGCACCAAACUCCUCUCAGUUAAGUGAAAAAAUGCUCGAAGAAGCACGCAUCAUGUUGUCGCUCCAUCAUGACCACGUAAUCGAAAUUUACGGGUGGGCUAUCGACAAAAAGCCAUUCAUGAUUCUAAUGGAGAUGAUGGACGGUGAGCGUUUUCGCUAUUGCAAACACAUUCAAAAAAAAGCUGUUAUUCAAAUUAGAUCGCAAAAAUUGAGAAAAGAAAACUCUACUUUUUUAAAUUAUAGAUUCCAUCUGUUGUUGGGGGCUGAAGUAGAAUGAAGUCGCAAUUUUGUAUGAACGCUAUAAACUUAUAUUGAAAAGCUGAUCCUAAAGAAGCGUUAAUUUCAGGCGGGUCUCUAGACAGCUUUUUGAUCAACAACUUCGACGGUUCCAACGACACCCGCCUUCUGAAGUUCGCCCUUGAAGCUGCGAAAGGCAUAGCUUACCUACACGAAAUGGACGUCCUUCACAGGGACGUAGCCGCCCGAAAUUGCUUGCUAACUGCCGACCUCACGGUUUGAUCGGGAUUAUCAACAGAUACUGGAAAGAAAUAUUUUCUAGUUGAAGGUCGCUGACUUUGGUCUCGCGACUUCUGGCAGUUAUUUUUAUAUGAAAAACGCGGAGAAAUUACCGACGAGAUACUUGUCGCCGGAGACCUUGUCUAUUUUUCGUAUUUGGCCAAGUGUCCGACUGUUUUUGCCUAUGGGGUGAGUUCACUUGGUUAUAAUGGGAGACAAAUAGAUUAUUUUAGAACUUGAUUUACGAAAUCUUCUCAGGUGGAAUGAUGCCGUACGAAGAAUAUAAAUCAGCGGAUGCCAGAGACAAGGUCUGUUCCAUUCUUUUCGAUUAAUUUCCAGUUAAAAGUGAUGAGAGGAGGCGGAAUCACGAAAGAAAACUUUCAAUUUUUAAAAGCUUUCUCUCAUAUUCUCCGCAGUCUCCGAUUUUGGACUCGCAACAUAGUCUUUUUCUUUCAACUAGAAGAAAAAAAAACUUUUACUUCAUCUACACUUUAGGGUGACAUUUGAAUUUCUAUGAAAUGGUCCAGACAUAAUGAAGACCUAAAUGAAAGUUUCACACAACAUCAAGAAUUAGACUUCAUGAUAGCGCAAACGUGUAGAAAAUUCUAAACAUACUAAAAUCACUCGUUUUUUUGUCAGACAAGGUUCUGAGUUUAGAUUUUGACCGGAGAGCUGAACAAUCUCGAAGAGACUCGCGCUCCGCCGGCUCUCCGUUCAUUCGUCGAAAAAUAAUUUGUGGACAUACAUGAUGAGAGAUAGGACGGACAUGAAUACGGUUUUAAAGUUAAUUUUGUCGAAUUUCAAGAAAAGUUUCAGACGGUUGACUUCAUCAAAGGCCUCUACAAGGACCACAGGAAAGUCAGUUCAUUUGUCUACACUAGUUUCUGAUUUAAAUAUUUCUUCAGGCCGAAGGAGAACCGAAGACGGUCACGGCAGAUACGGAAGCGAGCCAUGUGAGUUUAUACGACCUCGAAAAAUGAAAGUGUACAAACUUAUUUCGAAUCUUUUGUGAUAACUUUAGUGAGAAACUUUUCGGAGAACUAUAAUUUUUUGAUUUGAAUCGAUAAGUGACAUUGUACAAGACUUAUUGACUUUAUUGACCAAACAGUAGACUGCAUUUCCACAUUUAAAAAAACAAUAGAUAUAAAGUUUAAACUCUUCUUAAAAAUAUGUCAAACUAAAAAUAAUUCCUAAAACUAAAUUCUAUUCGCAGGAAAAACAAUAUUCAAAGUUCUCAAUUAAAAAUUCCGCAACGGUAUUUAAUACGUACUUUAACUAUAGGCCAUUCCGCGACAGCUUGUCACGAUUUUCUUUCCGCCAAAAAGGCCAGAUCAAAUUUGACCAACUUCGCUUCAAGACCUUUGUUUCUUGCUGUUUCGAAAGCAGAAUUACUAAGAAGAAAGCUGUUUUUUGGGUAUUUUUCUGCUUUUUCUUCAAAAAAACGUGACCGCCUCGCUCGGAACUCUCAAAAAACUUCGAUAAAAAGAACAAAAAAAUCUAAAUUCGUGAAGCGAAGUUGGUCAAAUUUGAUCAAAUUUGGUAUAAGGUCUUUUGGCGGAAAGAAAAAAACGUGACAAGCUGGCGCGGAAUAGGCUAUACCUAACUUCUAUCUACCAUUGCAUUCGCUCUAACUUUAUCUAACUCUGCAUUUCUGCAUAUCUUCUCUUUCCACCUCAAUCCAAGACCUAAUAUGGUUUCAUUUUGCUUUGUUUCUCAUUUCAUUUCUCAUCAUUUCCACAUAUUUCUUCUAAAUGAUUUACGCGCCUAAGUUAGUCGCAAAUUAUCCUUUUCUUUCUUUUUUGAACUAAUGCCAUGAGGAAAGUGCUAAUGAGUGUCACCUCCUACGCCGUCUACUUUUUAAGACUCGAAACGGCUGCGGGAUAUAUUUUAAAUCCAAUCUAUCCUUUGAAUUAUAAUUUGAUAAUUCGUCUCUACUUAUUUUUUUCACAUUCAUUAGAUUAAAGAAUUGUUAAAAUUUAAUGCCGAAAGGUGAUGAAAUAAAGUAACUCUGGAAAGCAAAGAGUUUAGUUCCAUGACAAAAACUUUUUCGAAUCUGAAUUUUUGUCGAGCAAUAAACUCCUGUCACUACAGGGAAAUGAAGAGGGGGAGCUCAAUAAGAAGGAUGUCUCGACGAAAUUGCGCCGUCGAAAGCCCGUCAGCCGCGCAGUCAGUUACGCCUUCACCUGCACUAUUUUUGAGAGAACUUUUUCAGGAGAUCAUGGAAGAUAUCUGUCCCACGCAGGAAGAAACGGCCGCGAACGACUAA